AAAAGGCUGUCAUGCAAAACUUCAACUGCGGGAAGCCUCAGAAUCUCGACAUACUAAAACCAUCCUCACCCUAAGACAUCAACAACGACUCAUAAAUUCGACAAGUAAUUAUAGAGAGAAAUUUUGGCGUCAUAAACACAUCCGAAAGUUAUUGGACACCCCAUAGGACCGACCAGGCCCACCUUGUUGGCGCUUCUCACCUCAACCUUAUUCACCUUCUCUCACCAUGCCUAUCACAAUUUUACAACCGCAGCCUGCAGCGCCGCAACAACCAUCAGCGGCUUAUGCUGGCUCGGAUUCGGAUUCUGACUUCGGCGGCGUCGAUGUCCAGGGUGAUGUUUCCAUGAGCGACUCUAGACAACCAGCAAUCGACUUGGAAGACGCCAUGGAUGAGAUUCUCACUCCAGGUAGCAUCAUUACAUCGAACCCGCAGUGGAUGCGUGGACACGGCACAUAUGUUCCUACAAGCACAUCAGACAUCACAUCUUCGCUAGCUGGUACUCUCACCAAGACCAACAAGCUGCUCUCAGUUCGCCCUCUACGUGCGCGUUACACCCCCGAAAUCGGUGAUCUUGUUGUCGGUCGCAUCGUCGAAGUGCAAGCUAAGCGAUGGCGUGUCGAUGUCGCAGCAUCCCAGCUAGCUAUUCUUGCCAUCUCUGCCAUCAACUUGCCUGGCGGUAUCCUUCGCAAGCGCACAGAGACAGAUGAGCUUCAAAUCCGCAGUUUCUUUUCAGAAGGCGACCUUGUCGUUGCUGAAGUCCAACAAUUGCAUCAAGACGGUGCCGCCAGUCUGCAUACUCGCAGCUUGAAAUACGGAAAGCUUCGAAACGGCGUUUUUGUUAGUGUCAGUGGUACUGGUGGCGGCGCCGGCGUCGUACGCUCAAAAAGACAAGUUUGGACGCUUGAUGGAUCUAACGGCGCGGGCAAGAUCGACCUGCUCCUCGGUGUAAAUGGAUACAUUUGGAUCAGCAAGCAUUUCGAGAGCGAGGUCUCGGCAGAAGCUACAGGCAUCAACCGCAUGGAAGAAAACAUCAGCAGCAAGGUUUACUCGAGUCAAAAUGACCAAAUCGAUGUUCCUACGAUGCGAGAGAUUGCCCGGUUACGAAGCGUCAUCCUCGCGCUUGUAGAACACGGAUUGAAGGUAGACGAGGAUACUGUCACGCGAGGUUACAGCGAAGCGGUAGAACUAGGCCGGGAAUCUACUGACGAUGAUUUGUAUCUUGGUGGAGAGAAGGGGCGUCGAUUAGCAGAUAUCCUCACGGGGCGUUAAAUAGUUCUACUAGCAUCACAAGAACAGCUGGACGGGCUAAUAUCGUUCAUUUAUAACAGAUUAAUUGGUCAUUCGUCCUGGGAAUGUGCAUAAACAAUAUCCACUAAUACAAAAGAAACAGCAAGCAGGCAAUUUCGGGAAAUACUACAGAUACUACCAACACGGUCCUACUGCAAUUGUCUGCGCUUGAUAUACGCGGCAAUGGCGCCAACCAGAACCCAUCGCGCCAGCGAGCCAGUCACACUCUUACCUCCAAGAGCCAGCAAAAACUUAAGCCAAUAUCCGACACCCUUAAUAACGUUGCCGUUACGGUCGAAAUCGGGUUUGCCAAGGCUCAGCAUCUGGAAGAAGGCAAGCUCUUUAGGCAAGUAGGGCAUGUAACGAACGCGGAGGACCUUUUCUGUCCACUUGGGGACCCGUGCGAUAGGGCGUUGGUGGCUAAAGGCCUUUAGGGAGUAGUAACCAUGGUAGGAGCCUUGUCCGGAGGAACCAAUGCCACCAAGCGGUGUUGCGUUGAACUGGGCGUGGAAGAAACCGUCAUUGACAGUGGCGCCACCAGAAGUGACGUUAAGAAGAACUGUUAGCUGUAGUUAGCUGGGUGUACAGUCUAAAAUAUCACAGCUCAAUAAUAUCUAACCUUUUUCGUUUUCGGCAUCAGAGCCAAAAGUAAAGAGCGACAAAGGAGUAGGGUCAAUCUUGUGUGCGAUGCCAAUGGCCUGGUCCAGAGAAUCCACAGGGAAAAUGGACCAAAUGGGGCCAAAGCUCUCUUCCACCAUCAUGCUGUCAUCAAUAUCAUCGACCAAGACAACAGUCGGCUCGAUGAAUAAAUCAGCCUCAUCCAUCUUGCCACCCAUGACGAUCUUGCCCUUGGAGUUGUCGAGCAUAGCCUUGAGGCGAUCAAAGUGGUGCUUAUUGGGCAGGCGAGAGUAAUCAGGGCUUGCCUUGGCACCCUUAGGCAUCAUGGUGCGGUAUUGGUUGUUGAGCUCGCCGAUGAAGGUAGACAAGACGCUACGCUCAAUCAUGACGUAGUUUUGCGAUAGACAAACCUGGCCGGCAUUCAACGACUUGUUCCAUAGAAGACGGCGGGCCGCGAGCUUGACAUCGGCAUUCUUGGUGACAAAGGCAGGGUUUUGACCACCAAGCUCCAGCAAGCAUGGUGUAAGGGUUUCGGCCGCCUUCUUGGCGAUAAUGGUGCCGGUUCGCUUGCCACCAGUGAAGACAAUCUUGUCAAACUUGUGCUCCAAGAUAUGCUUAGUCUCGUCCACUUUACCAUUGACGCAGAUGUAGCUCUCAGGAUCCAGAGAUUCAUCAAAGAUCUUCUUGAUAACCAUAGCGGAAGCGGGGGAGAGCUCUGAGGGCUUCAGGAUAACUGUGUUACCAGCGGCGAUGGCGCCAAUGAGAGGCGUAAGGUUGAGCUGGAACGGGAAGUUGUAUGCGCCAAUGAUGAGGACCUUUCCAAGGGGCUCGUUGCGGAUACGAGGCUUCAUGGCCAAGUACUGCAUGGGAACAUUGACGAUGCUCUCUUCCUCAAGCCACUUCUCCAGGUUCUUGGUGAAGUCGAGGCAUUCCGCCUUGACCCAUGCAAUCUCAGUCAGGACAGCCUCGUGCUUGCACUUGCGCAUAUCCUUGCGCAGAGCAGCCUCGAUGAGCUUUUCAUUGUUCACGAUGCCCCAGUAGAGCUUUCUGAUCUGGCGCAAGCGGAACUGGACAUCCUUGGUCCUGUUGGAGCGGAAUGUCGUGUGGAUAGUGUUGGCGGCGGUAGUGAUGUCGUCGAGCGACGUUGUCGCGUACUCUGAGAUAGUGGCCAUGAUGAAUUUUGCGUAUUUGCUGUCGCGAGAUUUGAUGAAAAAUGGCGAUAAGCUCUGGCGCGAUGGGAGGAAGGGGGAAGCGAAGGG